AAACAGGUGAUGCCAGUCGAACCCUCAGGACAAGCAACUUACCUUCUUGGAUAGUCCUGAGAAGCUUGCUUUCAUGUAAAGGUAAGAACGAUGUACGAGGGAAGAAGAAGAGCAAGAAGAAUGGAUGCUCCGAGUCCUUGGGUAGAAUGAGGGAGAACUCCAGUCUCGUAAGGCCAGAGAUGGCCACACCUGAGGUUGGUAAGAAGCUGCCUGCGGCGAGCACAUGCAAUGCUUGCAGUAGAUACUUGAGAUCUCCUUGUAAGGAUAUCGGUGGAGGAGACAUCUCCACAUCCUUUGCUUCUUAUUCUUCUGCCUCCAUCAAUGCCUCUGCCAUUUCUUCGUCUUCUUCCUCUCUCGGAGGAUCUUUUAGAGGAAUGCACCUGAGGAGGUUUUCUGGCUGCUACGAGUGUCAUCUGUCGGUCGAUCCCAUCAACGGACCUUCCGGGGAUCCUUCCAUGAGGGCUAUCACCUGCACUUCUCCUGGCUGUGGGGAGAUCUUUCUGAGACCCGAGUCUUUGGAGCUCCACCGGGCAAUUAGACAUGCAGUAUCUGAAUUGGGACCUGAAGACACAAGCAGAAACAUAAUUGAGAUCAUUUUCCAGUCAAGCUGGCUCAAGAAUCAAACCCCGGUUUGCAAGAUAGAGAGGAUACUGAAGGUCCACAACACCCAGAAGGCCAUAGCAAGGUUUGAGGACUACAGAGACUCCAUAAAGGCUAAAGCCAACAAGCUCACGAAAAAACAUCCAAGGUGUGUUGCUGAUGGGAAUGAGCUCCUGAGGUUCCACUGUGCCACUUUUGCAUGCUCCCUCGGCAUCAAUGGAUCCACCAAUCUGUGCCAAUCGAUCAAACACUGCAACGUGUGCAGCAUCAUAAGAGACGGGUUCAAAGUCGAGGAGCAAGGGAGGAUUCAAACAAUGGCUACGAGCGGGAGGGCGCAUGACAUGGCUCGUAUCUCGUCGGAUCAUGAGAAGAGGGCGAUGCUGGUUUGCAGGGUAAUCGCAGGAAGAGUGAAGAAGAACCAAGAUGCCGUGGAGGAAUUUGAUUCGAUGGCUGGACCGGCAGUAACGUAUUCGAAUUUAGAUCAGCUCUUUGUCUUCAAUCCUAAUGCCAUCUUGCCUUGCUUUGUUGUGAUCUAUACGAGUUUUUAGUGCCAUCGAUCAUUGUAAAUCUCGAGUUGCAAGUUCUGCUGCUCUUCUUGGGUUCAUUGUUCUGC